AUGUGCCAUGAUGCUAAAUGCACCAACAACAACCCAAUUAUUAAAUACAAGUCUUAUCAUUCAGGUGAUUUCAACAUUGGUGGAAUUAUUUCUCUGAUCUAUGUGAUGUCUAAUUUGAUAACUUUCAAAACAAUUCCAUCGGAAGAACUUCUUGAUGAUCCCAUUUAUUUCAUGGCAACAUGGACCUACCUGGCUUCUAUGGAGCUUCUUUCUUCACAUGACAGAUUUGUUCCCAAUUACAAAUGCAGCAUCCACCAAAACUCAAUUUGCGUUAUUGCUGGACCCAACUCUCAUAUCUCCCAGGUUAUGGCAGACAUCCUGAGCGUUUAUAAAAUUCCACAGCUCACAUAUGGCUCUGCUCCACUGAUCAAUAAUGAGAUUCAUGCAGCUUUCUUUCAUCAGAUGUUUCCGAAUGAGCACCUCCAGAUUAUGGGGAUCCUCCAGUUGCUGCUACAUUUUAAGUGGACCUGGAUUGGGCUGAUUUGUCAAGCAAAUGAGAUUGGUGAAAGAUUUCUGCGGGAAGUUCUGGUUGUGUUUUCUGAGAAAGGAAUCUGCUUCGAUUACAUUGAAGAGCUUCUAGUAGAAGUUUUUUCCAAUGGAGUGGGAGAAAAAAUGGAUACAUUUCUUAAAAUGUACGAAACCAUUAUGACAAGUUUGUCCAAUGUUGUGAUUGUAUAUUGUGAAAACCAGCUCAUGGCUCUUUUCAGAAUGAUCUCCUCUGUUUCAGAAUAUUGGGACACAAUGGUUGAGAGAAAAGACAAAGUUUGGAUUUUUCCAGCCCAGAUGGAAUCUACUUCAGUUCCAUUUCAAAGAGACUGGAGUAUGGACUACAUUCAUGGGGCUCUUUCUUUUUCAGCUUCAUCAAAAGAAUUAUUAGGUUUCAGUAGGUUUCUUCAGAUGGGAAACAGCAUUCUAGGAAAGGAAGACAGCUUGUCAAGGGUCUUUUGGGAACAAGCAUUUGGAUGUUCUUUCUCACAAGCCACAUUAAACCUCAAGUCAGAGAAAAGAUGCACUGGGGACGAGAAGCUGGAGACUCUUCCAAUGUCUGUUUUUGAAUUGAGCAUGACUGGACAAAGCUACAGUAUCUACAAUGCAGUCUAUGCUGUGGCACAUGCUCUCCAGGCCAUGCUUACAUCCCACUCCAAACACAGAGCAAUGGUCCUGGGUGGGAGACAGAACCCUCUGAAUCCUCAAGUGUGGCAGCUUCAUCACUACCUAAGAAAAGUCUCAUUUAACAACAGUGCUGGAGAAAAUAUUUUCUUUGACCAGAAUAGGAAGGUUGCAACUGGCUUUAAUAUUAUCAACUGGGUCACCUUCCCAAAUCAAUCAUUUCUUAGGAUCAAAAUUGGAAAAGUACAUCCAUCAGCUCAGCUAGAAAGCCUUCUCUCUCUAUCAGAGGAUGACAUUGUCUGGCCCAACGCUUUUAAACAGACUCAACCUUUUUCUUUAUGCAAUGAGCAUUGCUCCUUGGGGUAUAGCAAGAUCAAAAUAGAAGGGAAGCCAUUUUGCUGUUACAAAUGCCUUCAUUGUCCAGAAGGGAAAAUUGCCAAUCAGACAGAUUUAGAUGACUGUUUCCUGUGUCCUGAAGGAAACUAUCCCAACAAGAAUAGGUCGCUUUGCAUUAAAAAACUCACAUCUUUCUUGUCUUACAAAGAACCCUUGGGAACCACCUUGACCAGUGUUGCUUACUUCUUUUCUGUCAUCUCAGUUGUGGUGCUGGGGAUUUUUAUUAAACACCAGGACACUCCAAUUGUCAAAGCCAACAACAGGAGCCUGACUUAUACUCUUCUCAUUGCUCUCCUGUUCUCUUUUCUUUGCAUUUUGCUUUUCAUAGGGCAGCCUAACCAAAUAAAAUGUCUCUUGAGACAAGCUGCUUUUGGCAUCAUUUUCUCUGUGGCCCUUUCUUGCAUAUUGGGCAAAACAACCAUAGUGGUUCUUGCUUUCAUGGCCACCAAGCCAGGCUCCAAAAUAAGGAAAUGGGUAGGGAAAGGACUAGCCAACACUAUUGUGUCAUCUUGCUCUCUGGUGCAAGUCACAAUUUGCAGUGUUUGGCUGGCAAUUUCUCCCCCAUUUCCAGAUUCAGACAUGCAUUCCGUGGCUGGAGAAAUUGUCCUGGAAUGUAAUGAAGGUUCAACCAUCAUGUUUUAUAUUGUUCUAAGCUUUAUGGGAUUCUUGACCAUUAUCAGUUUCACAGUGGCGUUCCUAGCCAGGAAGUUACCAGAUAGCUUUAAUGAAGCCAAAUUUAUCACCUUCAGCAUGUUUGUUUUUUGUAGCGUUUGGGUGUCAUUUGUUCCCACCUAUCUGAGCACCAAGGGAAAAUACAUGGUAGCUGUGGAGGUCUUCUCCAUUUUGGCUUCUGCAGCAGGAUUACUGGGUUGCAUCUUUUUCCCCAAAUGUUACAUAAUUAUUCUGAGGCCUGAUUUGAACAGAAAGGAGCAGCUGAUGAAGAUUCUGAAACAACACUACCAACAUAUCCUGGCUUUGGAAUUUGCUAUAAAAGAGAUAAAUGACAAUGCCAAACUAUUACCUAACAUCACCCUGGGCUUUGACAUCUACAAUAAUGAUUUCAGGGCAAGUGCUAUUUAUCUUGCUUCCAUGGAACUUCUUUCCACAAAACACAAAUUCAUCCCAAAUUACAGAUGUGAUGUCCAAAACAAUCUAAUAGCAGUUAUUGGGGGACCUAACUCUGAUGUCUGUCUCAACAUGGCAACUAUUCUCUGCAUGUACAAGAUCCCACAGUUCACAUAUGGUUCUGCUAUUAUGAUGGAGGAAAAAAACCAAGGAGUCUUUUUCCAUCAGAUGUUCCCAAACAUGGCCCUCCAGUAUAAGGGUAUUUUCAGGUUGUUGAACUUUUUUGAAUGGAGAUGGGUCGGUGUCAUUUAUCUGAAUGACGUCUAUGGCGAGAAAUUUGUGCAGGAUAUACUUCCCAUGUACUAUAGAAAUGGCAUUUGCUUUGACAUCGUAGAAAUCUUACCAGAACCAACUUUUGCUGAAGGUGCUGCUGAAAUGUUGGACAAAAUAAACAAAAUGUAUCAAGCAAUCCUAAAUAGUCCUGCCAAGAUAUUCAUAGUCCAUGGUGAAAUUCAGACCAUCUUUGCUUUGAGGAUGGUGCUUUAUUUCUCAGAAUUUGAGAAUGUACCAAUGGUGGCAAAGGUCUGGAUUAUGACAGCUCAAAUGGAUUUCACAUCACUGUCCUUUCAAAAUGAUUGGAAGUUAGACUUCAUACAUGGUGCUAUAUCACUAGCGGUGCACAGAAAUGAGUUGCUUGGCUUCCAAAAGUUUGUUCAGGCCAGAAAUCCUAAAAGGGAAGGAGAAGAUGGUUUCAUCAAAGCUUUUUGUGAACAAGCUUUUAAGUGUGUGUUUUCCAUUUCUCUGGUAGACCAAGAAGAGAGCAAAAUCUGCACUGGGGAAGAAAAACUAGAAACCCUUCCUAUAUCUGUUUUUGAAACAAGCCUGACCACUCAUAGCUAUAUUAUCUAUAAUGCUGUCUAUGCUGUAGCUCAUGCUCUACGUGACAUGCAUUCAGCUGAGUCCAGUUGCACCACUUUCUGA